UGAAGUGUGUGCGCUAUAUCAAGUUUGUCCACUCGCGUUUUCCGUAGCGGGGGCUUUUAGCUUAGAUUGUGCUAUGCGUACAGGGCUACAACACUGUAAUAUAUUUACUUUUAGGUGCUGGAACAGAAGCACUCUGUCAUCACAUAACAUCUUGUAAAAAAGAGGAAAAAUGGCGGACCAUGCUCCAUCUAUUGCCAGGGAGUCAGUUCUGAAGCCCAGCGCUGAACUCCCGGAAGAUAUGCCAAAAAUCCGAGGCUACGACUUCAACCAGGGGGUUGAUCUCAAGGCGUUGCUGAAGACGUACAUGACCACAGGCUUUCAGGCCAGUAGCUUGAGUCUGGCCAUCCAGGAGAUCAACCGGAUGAUAGAGAAACGUCUGGAAUCGGUCGAAGUAGACAAAGAAAAUGAGUCUGAAGAGUCCUGCAAAUCCUCCCGCAAGUCCGGCUGUACCAUCUUCCUGGGAUACACCUCCAACCUCAUCAGCUCUGGAGUGAGAGAGAGCAUCCGCUACCUGGCAGAGCACAAAAUGGUGGAUGUGAUUGUCACCACAGCUGGAGGCAUUGAGGAGGAUUUCAUUAAGUGCCUGGCUCAUACUUACUUGGGAGACUUCAGUCUGUCGGGCAAAGAGCUGCGUCUGAGAGGCAUCAACAGGAUAGGAAACCUUCUGGUGCCCAACGAUAACUACUGCAAGUUUGAAGACUGGCUGAUGCCCAUUCUGGAUCAAAUGUUAUUGGAGCAAAACACAGAGGGAAUCCGGUGGACUCCCUCUAAAAUGAUCCAUCGGCUCGGCAGGGAGAUAAACAACACCGACUCUGUCUACUACUGGGCAUACAAGAAUAACAUCCCAGUGUUCAGUCCUGCACUCACUGAUGGUUCUCUGGGCGACAUGCUCUACUUCCACUCGUUUAAGAACCCCGGCUUGGUUUUGGACAUCGUAGAAGAUAUACGAAAGCUGAAUGGCAUGGCGAUUUUUGCCAAGAAAACAGGAAUGAUCAUCCUGGGAGGAGGGUUGGUGAAACAUCAUAUAGCCAAUGCUAACCUCAUGAGAAACGGCGCUGACUACGCUGUGUUUGUGAACACGGGUCAGGAGUUUGAUGGCUCGGACUCUGGGGCCCGACCUGACGAGGCCGUAUCCUGGGGAAAGAUCAGGACAGACGCCAAACCUGUUAAGGUGUACGCAGACGCCUCUUUGGUUUUCCCUCUAAUUGUGGCCGAGACCUUCGCUCUACAUGCCGACAAGCUGACAGCGGGACAGAAAGCAGAUUAAAGCGAUUAUGCUACCUUAAAAAAAACAAGACAACGUCUUGUUUUAUUUUCAUAGUUGUUUUUCCCCUCCAUAUGAAUGCAUGAAUCAUAUUGAGAUCUGCUACUUCUAAUCUGAAUAGGUAUGAAAUUUUGAGGCAAAGUCUCAUUUCAAUGCUGUCUCUCAUCUUUAGUUUUGUAAAUUAGAAGAGUUUUUUUUCUUUGCCUUUAAGACAGUUGAAAUAGCAUGCGUAUAAUGCUAUCACAUGUACCAAAGAGAUUUCCUAGAAUGCUUUUGAGUUUAGCUGUAGGCCGUGAGUGUGUCUGACACAGCAAGAGACUAACCAUGUUGCAGCAUAACUCAUGUCAGUGUAGCUGCAGCUCUGCACUCAAUGCAUGGCUGCUGUUAAUGAUCAGGCCUUAUUGAUUUUUAGUUUUAUUGAGCAGGUAGAUCAUUUUAAUGUUGAUGUUUCAGCUUAGAAGAUGCUCCUGUAUGUUUAACAAAUCAGGAAAACAUCUGUUAAAAGUUUUGGAUUUUAAUCAAUGCUGCAUUUUUUUUUGGUUUCUGUCUUGUGUGUGAAAGUCAUGGAAAUGCCAUCAUGUGACACUGAGUUGCACUUGAUUAGGUUGGUGAACAGUCUUAGAUAAUAGAAACGAAGUUAGAUGGUAUGUUUGUUACAUUUGAGGUAAAAAGGGUAUUUUCACUCUUCUGUUAAUUAAACAUGGUAAGAAGGUACACAUUUUCAAUGCAAAGAUGUUAUUUUAUGCAUUUAGCCAUUUAAGUUAUGGAUAUAUAAAACUUGGUUUCUUUGAAAAUCAA